ACUAACACUAGAUAUAAAUCCACCUAAAUCUGGCAUUAAUACUGGAUUAUAGGUGGGCUAAGUUGUAAAGCUUGACUGACAAAAGCUUAACACUGGUAAAGUGAGAGAAUAUUUAGGCUAUGCCUGUGCAUGUCUACAGCCAAGCCAGGUGACAUUUGAACCUGGAUACAGUGCUCAUGUUGCCAGCCAGCUGAAAAUAGCGAAACAGUUUAAGGGUCCUAUUGACACCUAAGAUUCAUGUACGGUUAUACACCUGUGGGUUAAUGUGUGUGUGUAUGUGGUGCAUGUCAAGAUGGUGGAUAAAGCCACAGAUACAGAUUUCCUUCAGUACUUUCCCGAGGACAAGAAGCCAGAGCUAAUCCGAUUAGACAGUCACUCUGCCCCUGGAAACCUCACAGAUCACCAUGCUGUUAACAGUUCCUCCAGACAUGGGUCGGUCAGAUCUAGAGGACGCUCCAGUCCUACAAAACCAGCAUCAGGUGCAAGGAAUGGGACUAGACCUGUUUCCGCCAGCGUUCCAAAAUUGCCAAAUCGCCCAGCCUCUGCAGCAAGGCCUUUAUCAGCUGCUCAGCUGGCGUCCACUUCUAGGCCACUGUCUGGAAAGACACCCAUACCAGGCAUACGAUCAGGCGCAUCAUCAGGUAGACCAGUGUCGGGCAAGAACGAAAGCCCAACACGAAAUGGAUCACCGAAGAGGAAAGGUUCCGUUAGUCCAGGCAGGUCCUUGUCUCCCAGCAAAUCCCAACCCGCUUCAGCAAAGAAGAAGGCAGGAACAAGCACUAAACCUAAAGCCAAAUCUCCAACGUUAGAAAAGACUUCCACAAAACCCAAGCUACAAAGUCAGCUGUCAGAGAAUAAGGUGAUUGGUCAGAAAUCAUCCAACAUUUCCAAUCUCACAGAAGAUGGUCUGAAAAUUAUGGAUAUGUCCAGCCAAGGCAUGACAGCCAUUCCUACCACCAUCAUCUCCAAUCCUGACCUCGGGGAGCUGAACUUGUCUUGUAACAACCUGAGGUCCUUGCCAACAGAAAUAAGUGGCCUUAUCAACCUACGCAAGCUAGACCUCAGUAAGAAUGGCAUCAAGUGUAUGCAUCAGAAAGACUUUAGCGGCCUUCCUGCGGAACUGGGACAACUGAAAAACCUCAGAGAACUGUAUAUCUCUGAAUGCAAUCUGCCAUUUGUUCCACCAGCCAUUUGGGCUCUUCAGUCUCUUACUGUACUUGACCUCAGCCGUAACAAGAUCAACGUCCUGUUACCGGAGAUUGGGUCCCUCACAUCACUGAAGAAGCUCAAUCUUCAGCAAACAAGUAUUACCUGCCUACCCUCUGAAAUUGCCUACUGUCAGGACUUGGAGGAGUUGUUGUUGUACGGAAACGUAAUGGACAGUCUACCAGAGACUCUCGCGGACAUGCCCAGAUUGCGUGUGCUGGCAGUGAACUAUCGAAGUUUCUGUAAUAUUGUGGAUAGUUACAUGGAGAACUUAAUACGGAAGGGACAAAUCAACUCUGAACAUAUUCCAUUGGUGGUUUUUGAACUCCCAGCCCUGGAAAACCUAGAUUUGGAGUGUACUAAGAUUAACACAGUUCCAGAGAUGUUCAUGGACAAUCUUCAGGAAUUCUCUCUCUACAAGAAUUUCAUAUAUGACAUGCCAGAAACAAUAUGCAAAUGCUACACACUACAGGUUUUUGACAUUUCUAAAAACUUCAUCAGAUCUCUGCCAUCAGAUGUUGCAGAACUGACAAAUUUGACUGUUUUGAAGGUAAAUGAUAACAUGUUGGAGAAAAUGCCUAAUUCUAUAGGAAAACUGGUGCAUUUGGAAGAAUUAGAAAUGGGUGGCAACAAAAUACGUAUCAUACCAACUGAGAUAAAAAAUCUAUCCAGGUUAAGACGGUUUGUAGUGGACAGGAACGACAUUCAGUUUCUGCCUGAGGAAGUGUGUACACUGCGAGAAUUAGAGACAUUAGAUGUGACACAAAACUGCAUCAAACAGUUGCCCAUAUCGCUGUACAACUUGACGAACCUAACUGUGGCCCACUGUUACAAAGGCCUGAAGAAACACGGUCUGUGGUUGUACAAGAACCCAUUAUCCCAGCCACCUGAGGAAGUGUGGAAAACUGACAAACCACAAGAUAUCUUUAACUAUCUGAAGAAGCUCAAAAUUAGUCAGACAGAAAACUUGCAACGACAGAAAAUCCUAAUCAUUGGCUCUCAAGGUGCUGGGAAAUCUAGCCUCAUGGAUGCUCUGGUCUUUGGACGAGCACGCAGUGAUGAAAAACCCAGCUCCAAGACAAAAGUUCUGGAACAAGUCCCUUGGAGAUCAGAAAAUGGAGUUGAUUUCCUAGUGUAUGACUUGGCAGGAGAUGAUGUGUACACAACAACAUAUCCACUCUUCUUAGAUCAUCACUCUUUAGUGCUCCUUGUUUAUGAUAGCUCAAAGUAUGAAGACAGGGGUUAUUACGAGUCUGUUGGCAAAUGGUUGGAUCUUCUUCAUGAACACAUCCCUGGCAAUGUGGUCAAAAUUGUAGGGACAAAAAACGACCUUUUCCUUGACAAUGACAACGAGUUGUUAGCUGCAGACAAAGUCUGGCAACGGGUUCAACUCCAUGUGCAACAAAGAGAGGAACGGCUUGAAGAUGAAGUGCUGAGGGUUCAAAAAGACCUAGCAGAUAUGGAGAACAAACUGCCUGAGAACAAAGACCUCUUAUUUUCUCGCCAUCAGUUGCAACUCCAAGAGGAACGUCUGUUGGAAAUGGCCGAUAAACCCCUGAGGCUAUUACCUGGUGUGAGCAGCUUGACUUCCAGUGAAGGACUCUAUGGUGUUGAAGAACUUGUUCAAGACAUUGAAAUUUGUGCCAUAGACAAACACUUGUUUCCCCAUGCCCAGCGUUACAUACCAGACCAGUGGAACAAGCUAUGUGCUGCCCUGAAGAAAAAGAAAUCUCUCUUUCUUCAAUGGGAUGAAGUUGCAGACAUUGCCAUUCGAUUUCAGGUCAAAGAUGAGGUAGUUGCAGAGUGCAUUCAGUACCUCCAUGAUGUUGGUGAGGUAUUUUGGUUCAAACAUAUCCCUCUCCUAAAAGAUAUCCUCUUCCAUCGACCAAGAGCAUUAAUUGACGUCAUCUGUUCACUGUACAGACAUGACACUAAAGACUUCCUAACUUAUGACCAAACCAAAAUUUUCUCCUCAAAAGGAGGUCUGACCCCAGAGGAAUUUGAACGCACAAUAAGUCUGUUCUUUAAGUUUGGCCAAAUUUCGAGGCCUUUGCUCAACUGUUUCUGGUUUUAUCUCAAAGUGAACAACCAGAUUUUUGAUGAGUUUUUGGAACUGCUUCCAAAGCUGAAUCUAUGUUACACAAUCCCAGAGCCCUUUGUUCCUUCUGGGAAGUGCUAUCUUACACCAUUGGUGGUUCUUCCUUGGUUCAAUACUGAGAAGUUAUUGACCAACCAGCUACAGGAAGUCUGGCCUCAAUCAAUUCCAACGAAAACAAAACAAGUAAUGCUACAUUUUUCACUAUCAUUUUCUGAUGCUGACGGACUCUUCUAUCCUCUUAUAUUGCAAGCCCAAGACUUACUUGUUGAAAGAACUGAUUGGCAGAAUGCAGUCCUUGGAAAAGGUAAGAAUGGAAGUCGCAUUCUUAUCAGGAAAACAGACACAGACAACCUAUAUGGUGGCAAAAUAGAGAUCUGUGUACGAGACAGUGUGCUCACAAAUCUCCUGACUGCUAUCAGGGAAGCUUACUCACUGAUAUAUAUGAUCAUAAAUCAAAGGCCUGGCUUAUACUGUAGAGUGAGUGUGUCAACAGAAAACUGCAACUCCACUGUGUUACAAACUCUGAUGCCAGAAAAUAUGUAAGGCCAGUUUGCCUGUUAAAUCGUGACUGAAAAAAGUGAGUGAAAACACUGCUUCCAAACAGCUGUCCUCUUCUUUUGACCUGUUACCCAAUAGGGUAUUGGCUUGUACUUGGUUUCAAAUACAACUCUGCAUUACCCUUCUUUCCCAUGAAAUCAACCAAAACCUUACAUUCCAGCAAUAAAAGGCAAUGUUCACCACACACUCAUCUCACAGUACAUUGCCUAGUUUCAUUGGUUUGGCAUGUGAUAAUUAUUUACAGGGAAACAGACUGCGCAAAUAAACAAUAUAUAUAAAUGCACGAGCCUGAACAUGCAAAGAGUACGAACACCUUAAUUCUUCAACCUAGCUGAAAGUUUGCAAGUUGUUGAAACGUAUUCUGAAGGCACUAUUCUGAGUAGACUCAUGAAUUUAUAUUUCUGUGAAGUCCUGAAAUUGACCAAUCUAAGCUUGCAAGCAAUGCACUUUUAUCUUCGAAAUCAAAAUAAAAGGCCCAUACACUAUAUAUCAUACUGAAAAUAUGUGAAAAGGUGGAGAAAUCUGAGUACAGCACAACAUGAACGCAUACUUAAAUGUAAACAGGUCAUUAGUGAAAUCAUCGGUGAAGCAUCACUGAGCAUUUCAUUCAGCUUCAUGAUGAAUCUCACUGAGUGCUACAAUUUUAAUAAUAAGAGACAGCAAUGUUAAAUGUAUAACUAUCUAUCCAUACAUCUAUGAAUUGGUUACAUUUUGUUUUUGGCCACUGUUGUUUUAACAUCAGCCAUAAUGCAUUGAUAAACAUUCUGACAAUAUGACCACACAUAGUGCAUUUACACCAUUCCAGCCUUUUGGGCACUUUGCACAAUAAAGACUGAAAUUUUAUGUGCAUAUGGGAAGUAAUGAUUUGUGGCAUAGUGCCACUUCAGCAAUAUUUCAGACAUAAGGCGACAGGAGUACAUAUUGGAAAGUACGGCCAUAAAGAUAUUGAAAUAAUCUUGGAUGUGUUAUUUUGUUGUUUUUUGUCUCACCUGACUUUUCUACUUAAGCCAACUCUCACAAAACCUCACAUAUCAUUUGUUUAUCAACUGCACUGCA